AUAGAAACAUGGCGGAGCAGCGACAAUAAAGAUCAAUAUUUAGAACAAUCAACUUCGCAUAGAAAAAUUAUAAGGCGGUGGAACCAGCUGUCCCGGUUGCAAAGAUCACUGGUAUAUGCAUUUGUCAUAAUACUGGUAAUAUUAUUAGUAAUCUUGUUAACGUCAAAAGCAACACCUACAAAUAUUAAAGUUGAAUUGAAUUCAUUAAAAAAUUCAUCUCUAGUCAACGACCAUCAGGCAGCUGAUUCGGCCCAAACCAGAGGGCGACCGCUAGUAGGUAUUAUUAAUAGUAUGUUAUGUUUGAAAGGUCCAGGCAAUGCUCGCCAAUUUGCUGUGGUGGAAUCAUUUAAACACGCAUGGAGGGGUUACAAGGAUCACGCAUGGGGCCAUGAUAACUUGAAGCCGGUCUCUGGGAUGUCAUUCGAUUGGUUUUCACUGGGUCUCACCAUUGUCGACAGUCUCGAUACAGCCUAUAUUAUGGGUUUGAAUGAAGAGUUCGAAGAAGGCAAAGAGUGGAUAAAGAACGAAUUAAUAUUCACAAAGAACAAAGAUGUCAAUUUCUUUGAAGUGACCAUAAGAGUACUCGGAGCGCUGUUAACAAACUUUCACUUUACAGAAGAUGUCAUGUUUCUCGACAAAGCCAAAGAUCUCGGCGAACGUCUAAUGGCAGCGUUUUCAUCCCCUUCCGGUAUACCCUACUCUGAUGUGAACCUGGGGGCUAGAACUGCGCAUGCACCAGAAUGGUCACAUUACAGCACUACCGCCGAAGUUACUACAGUGCAAUUGGAGUUCAGAGAACUUUCUAGAGCAACUAAUAAUCCUAUGUUUGAGGAGGCGGCGUCAUCGGUGUCGGAGAAAAUACACCAGUUACCAAAGAAACACGGCCUCGUACCAAUAUUUAUAAAUCCGAACACUGGUCAUUUUCUUCCUCACGCAACCAUUACCCUCGGAGCCAGGGGUGACAGCUAUUACGAGUAUCUGCUAAAACAAUGGCUACAAACUGGAAAAACUAUUAAUUACUUAUUAGAUGACUACGUGACUGCUGUAGAGGGCGUGAGAGAAUUUUUGGCAAAGCGUUCUUCUCCUAACAAAAGAUUAUUUAUUGGCGAGUUGACGUCUGGAUCAGAGUCAUUCAACCCUAAAAUGGACCAUUUAACCUGCUUCCUCCCCGGCACAUUGGCACUUGGUCACGCCAAUGGUUUGCCAGAUUGGCACAUGACUAUGGCUGAAGAAUUACUAUAUACUUGCUACUUGACAUAUGCAGCUCAUCCUACUUUCCUCGCUCCAGAGAUUACACAUUUCAAUAUGGCUAGUACAACAGAUGAUAUGUACACGAAGACAGCUGAUGCGCACAGCCUCCUACGUCCCGAGUUCGUUGAGAGUCUGUGGUACAUGUAUCAAAUAACUGGCAACACUACUUACCAAGACUGGGGAUGGCAGAUUUAUCAGGGUUUCGAGAAAUACGCCAAAGUGCCAAACGGCUACACAUCCUUAGCGAAUGUGAAAGCCGAAAAGCCGAUACUAAGGGAUAUGUUGGAAUCAUUCUUCUUAUCGGAAACCCUCAAGUACCUAUAUUUGCUGUUCAGCGAUGACAGAUUUGUAAUCGACUUAAGCAAAUACGUAAUGAACUCAGAGGCUCAUCCCUUACCGAUACACAAAAAUUAA